AUGUCAGGCUUCCAUCACUUUUCCCCAAAGUCAUACAGGGACCACGGGGAGCCGCCGCCGGGCAGAGAGCAGGAGCGGUCCCUGAGUCCCUGGGUCCAGACUCCUCCCGGCACAGACAGCGAGGACGAGGCGCCCUGGCUGCACCCUGGCCGUUCACCCACCCUGCGGCAUCGCCGGCCUGGGGACAGCCACAGCCUGACCCACGUGGCGCGCAGGACCCCCGUCCAUGCCCGGAAGCACCGAUCGGGCAGCCGGUAUCUGGAGGAUGCCUGGAUGGACUCAAGGACAAGGACCAAGUUCGUCCCGGCCUGGCAGCAACAGCCGCCCCUUCGACCUCAGCGCCAAGGCGUCCGUCCGUCCCAGGGAGAGUCGCCGCCGCUGUACCCGGGGAGAGCGCACAGUGCGCUGAGUGUGGGGUCUUUGCUGCUAGACGAGGCACACACCGGAGACCGGUGGGCAGUGCCGGUCUGCAGACACGCGGGUCUGGGCUCCCCGGCCUCGGUCCUCACGGAUAAGUCCUCGGUGCGUUCCCAGGAGUGCAGGACGCAGUGCGUGUGCAGCCAGAAGAGGGACGGCGGUGACGUGUUCGAGUCCCUUGCUGGCCGGUACUCGCAGCCCUCCGCCUUCAGGCCAGAGGUCCAGAGCCAGCAAGCUCAGGUCCUCCGGAGCAAGCUGGAAGAGGCGAUGAUGUCCUCCAGGGACCAGAAGAUCGUGGCCCUGGUGCUGACCCGGCUCAAGAAGGCCCGGAGGAUGCGGGAACUGCAGCAGCAGGCCGCGGUGGCCUGGGAGGAGCUGAAGCGCUCCGACCAGAAGGUGCAGCUGACCCUGGAGCGCGAGCGCCGUCGGCUGCUGCAGCAGAACCGCGAGCAGUGGCAGCCGCGCCCGGAGCCGCGCAAGGCCCGCCCGGACCGCGAGCAGCCCGGCCGGCGGCGGCGGCGGUGGCGGGACGGCCAGGCCAAGAGCGCCCUCCAGCCGGACAGCGGGCGGAGGGCGGCGCUGGACCACCAGGAGCACCCGGGCCUGGACAACCUGGAGCUGAGGGCGCGCUCGCAGCAGGCCGACCCCCUGCAGCAGUGCCAAGAGCAGCACCUGCGGGAGCGGGAGCGGGUGCUGCAGAGCCUGCGGGAGCUCAACCGGCAGCAGCAGCAGGAGCGGAUGGAGAAGGCCUGUCCCAAGAAGCAGGUGCAUGCCACGGAGGACACGAAGACGGUGCAAGAGGGCAACCUGAGCUCCCUGGUCAACUUCCAGGCUCGCAAGGUCCUCAUGGACUGCCAGGCCAAGGCCGAGGAGCUGCUCAGGAAGCUGUCGCUGGAGCAGCGUUUCCAGGGGUGCCAGGAGAGCUACCAGAGCCCCAGGAAGGACCCGUACCACCGGGAGCUGCAGGAGAAGGCCCGGAAGGAGGCAGAGCAGAUCCAGCAGGACGAGCUGGAGAAGCAGCGGCGGGUACGCAAGCGGAUAAUGCUGGAGCUGGCGGAGCAGAAGGUGCGCCAGGCCAAGAGUCACGCGCUCGAGGCCGCGUGGGACCCGGCGCAGCACCCGCGGGCGCUCCGCAACCUGCGCGACCAGAGCCGGCACGACCUGAAGCUGAAGGCCGAGAGGGAGGAAAAGAGCCACGUGGAGGGCAUCAAGGAAGCCAUCAAAAAAGAGCGCGCAACGGAGCAGCUCUCGCGAGGCAAGGAGCCUACCUUGCACGAGUUCCAGAAGGUUCCCAGGGCCUCCAAGAGAGACAGUGGAGCAUUUGCCAACAGUUGCUUGGACCCGGUGGCAUCAGAGAGCCAGCUCCACCAUCAUCAGACCAGGGGGGUCUACUGA